UGAAGCUUCCGCGUUAGAUAACCCGAGCAUGCCUUCUUUACACGGAGACAUAUAAACCCAGUGCUUUGUCCCAUCAGCUGGAAUCUAAACCCCACCCAUUGACGAAGGGCAAGUCUUCGGGGAAAGACAGACAGAGAGAAAGAAGGAAGGGAGAACGCUAGAUACUAGAGAGACUAGGUAAAAUAAAAAGCAUUACUCAGUGACAACAAACAAGGCGGUGUAUUAUCAUACGGUAUUCAAGAAGCGGACACGGUGACGAGCACAAAGGCAGGGGGCAGAUAGUUUUUUUUCUGCAGUCAUUCCAAAAUCAUAACAAUAAGAAAAAAAGAAAGGAGCAAGAAAGAAAACAAGCGUGCCAAGAUGAUCGCUUUAUUUAACAAACUGCUCGACUGGUUCAAGGCUCUGUUCUGGAAGGAGGAGAUGGAACUGACGCUGGUGGGGCUCCAGUAUUCAGGAAAGACCACCUUUGUCAACGUGAUUGCGUCUGGGCAAUUUAGUGAAGAUAUGAUUCCAACCGUGGGAUUUAACAUGAGGAAAAUCACCAAGGGAAAUGUGACUAUCAAGCUGUGGGAUAUUGGCGGCCAGCCUCGAUUCCGGAGCAUGUGGGAGCGGUACUGCCGAGGAGUCAGCGCCAUCGUAUAUAUGGUGGAUGCGGCUGACCCAGCUAAGAUUGAAGCCUCCAAGAAUGAACUGCACAACCUGUUAGACAAACCCCAGCUACAGGGCAUCCCUGUCCUAGUUCUUGGGAACAAGCGAGACCUGCCUGGUGCCUUGGAUGAAAAGGAGCUCAUCGAGCGAAUGAACCUGUCUGCGAUUCAGGAUCGGGAAAUCUGCUGUUAUUCCAUCUCCUGCAAGGAAAAGGACAACAUUGAUAUCACACUACAGUGGCUCAUUCAGCACUCUAGGACCCGGAGGAGCUGAGGCCUGGACAUCUCGGACCUGCCAUAUUCUACCCUGACCUCUCGCCAUCAUUCUUAAAUAUCCCCGUGUCCCCCUGAGGUCAACAAGCCUGUUUUUUUGUUCUUGUAAAGAGGGUUUACACCUUCAUUUGCACUGUUUAUUAUAAUGAUUAGUAUUAUUAUGAUUAUUAUAAUUUUAAUAUUAAUAAUUAUUAUUAUAAAAUAUUGUUUACGCUUUUAUUUUUGAGCAUUAAUUAUGAGACUAGUUUUUAAUUCCAAACCUGAUGGUGUUAAUGAUAUUACUGGAGUUGUCCAUCUAAUCUAUAUCAAGCAGAAGCCAAGCCAUGAUUAAUUCUCGGCCAUGCCUUUGGAGAAGUGGUGUAACCUGCCUGUGUCAGAGGAGCGUGCUCCAUGUAGCUGGUUCACACAUACAUUUCAAGUACUGUUUCUUAUUUAUUGUUUUCUAAACUGUUACUGGUGUCUCUACAGUAACAUAAGGACCAGGGAGGGGAAUAUUGACCAAGGAGAAAUCAGGAUCAUUAUUUUCCUAUCCUGGUUGAUUUUAAUACAUUUUAAUGCAGACUGAGAGUGAGAGAUUAAUAUAUGAGCCAGUGUGUUCUGUCCGUUCCAGAAGUAUACAUUCCAGGGAGCUCGAGGUCUGAGUGUCGAUCGUAAGAGGAAUUUAUCAGAUUGCCGGAAUUGUAAAGAAUCCAGGAUUCUCCAUUGAAACUCCUGAAUUGUAUUCCUGGUUCAAAGUUUUUGGAACAACAGUAGUUUGUAAAAUAUGUGUUGCACCUUUCUCUUUCCUAUAUGGAGAUCAAACAGCCUGGGGGGAGUACUGUACUGUACAGUAGGAAGGAGCAAGCUGUAUAUUAAAAGAAUGGAUUGAAGAACUGUGGCUAUGCCAUGGUGAACGACAUGCAGUGAAAUCACAGGGGAUCUGGAGCAGAGAGGCAGUUUUGUGACCCUUUGGGGCAGAGGAGUCUAUCCAAGGAAAGGGACGCUGUACAUCAUAGGAAAGGGUUCCUGUUGAGUCACCUUGAGCGAGCUUGUGGGUUCUUGCAUCUCACACUACAACUGCAGGAUUGCUGAAGCUAUCUCUGAAUAUCUUGACAUGGCUUUUUGAUUUCUUUAAAUAUAUUUGGAAAAGCUUGAAAUGUAUCUGGGAUCGUCCGGGUGCGCUCCUCCAGCUCACUACAGCCCUGAAAUCUGAACCCCCUUCUUGCAGGCUAUGAAAGAAAGCGAACUCUUUCAGACGUUUAAAUAAAUACUUAAACACAAGAAGGGCGCAUCCGCUUUGUUUGUUUUUAUUCUUUUCGUCGUAAUUCUCUGCAUAAUAUUUGGAACACCAACCUUGUUAGUUUGGUGGACCUUUUACUGAAGAAUAAUCCUUCUCCAAAUAGGCCAUUGCUGACAGCUACCCUGUUGUAGCAGCUUAAAGAUACUGCAUAGAAGAAAGCAGUCAUCUGUGCAGGAUCAAACCUGGAGUGCUCCCGGUAUAACUGUUUCCUGAAACGAUACUGGCCAGUACUUACUGUAGUCUUGCACCAGCUAUUUAUGUAUUGCAUGCACAGCUAUAUACAACGUGUUUUAUUAAACACCCCAUUUCUUAAUGCUUAUCACCUGAGCUUGUAUUUUAAUCCCUAGGACAGCCGCUGUACCAGCUUUGUGUGGAAUAACAUUAUCGGUUCAGUCCACUGCAAUGAGACUCUGGUUAUUGUUGUAGAAUGGUUGACUGGACCACUACACUAGCCGAACUGAUUAGGCACACACUGAUGGUGUCUGGUCCAGAUCGGAGGUCUUUCAGGAUCUUAAGACUGCACUAAAUUAAAAUUCCAAGUUAAAUAUCAAACUACUGAUCUCUCAAAGCAAACCAAGGCUUCAACUUGUAACAAACGCAGACCGUCCUUGCAUUUUAAUCUUAGAGAAGGUAUCCUUAUAACAGCUUCAGAGAAGUACCAAAUAAAAGCUGUCCGAGAUGGAUGCUUGUGGCACUCAGCAGUUUUAGCAGCAUAACAUAACUGAAAUGAUCUUUUGUAACGCUUUCUGUUUAUUUUCCGCGAGUGGCGGAGCAGAAUUAAAAUUGAACCCGUCUUGCAGCGAGCGCUUUGUUUUUAAAUAUAGUUCCAGAACCAGCAAAGAACUUUCUGAUCUCUCUCCGCUUCUUAGAUAAAAGCCAAGAAAAACAACUCCUCCCACUGUUACUUGAUCCAUCUCCAAACCAAAAACCGCCUCGCUGAACUUCAUCAGAUUGCUUUUCUAACAGUGAGCCACAUGUCCUUUAUCACUGUCACCUUCUCGUUUCAAGCCCCAACAGUUGUUACACUGCUUAAAAAUGUUGUGUUUUUGUAUGUACUGUACCAUUACCUCUGUGAUACUGAAGCCAACAUCUGAGUCUGUGUUGUAGCCUGGAAGUAAAUGAGAGUUUGGGGUUUGAGCAACUACAAAUUCAUGAAAGCCACCACCGUUUGCCAGCUCCUGAUUUUAUUUAAAAACUCGGGACAGUUAAAACCUGAAAGUCGCACUGUCUCACUUUUAUCGGUUGCCUUUGUUUGUUUCUCUGUCCUUGUUUUGCAUGUGUAACAUAUAUUUAAAAGCAUCUUUAUUAAAAACUUGCAAAACAAACAACAACAAAAAUAUGGUCAGAUCUUAUUUUGCUAGGUACUGAAUAACGGUAUGUUAUUAUAGUAAAUAUUAUGUAUAUGUUUUUUUUUAUGUUAAUAAAUAAAUAAAUUGUGUUUUUGAUGGA